AUAUAUAAUGGCUUGGACCAAAAACAGAAACAGAAGAAUAGAACAUUGAAUUAGAAUCUGAGUAUUUUGUCACCAAGGAUUCAAUUAGCAGCGACACAAUUCAGACAAGAAUCUUCGAGGCAAAGGUCCCAUUUCUCUGAUUCAGCAAAGGUUGUAGAGAAUCAUAUACCCUAAAAACAGUUUGGGAGAAAGAUAUGACGGGCUAACUGAGUGAAACCACUUCGACUAUUUAGAAGUUCGAGUGUUGUGGUGGAAAACCAUAGCGAAUUUGGUUAAUCAUGUGGCCUUCAUAUCUGCUGUUUAACAAGAGGGAAGAUGUAGAAGCAUCAGAUGGUGAAAAUUCUGAUUUGGUAGAAUCAUACCCAUUUGAACAGUCACCGAGAGAUGGCAAAUGCCGUCUUUCUGCCUUGCCAUGCUCACACUUUGUUGAAGUCCCACACAUAAACCAGCUAUAUUCUUGGGAUUGUGGCCUCGCCUGCGUUCUGAUGGUUUUUAGGACCGUUGGCAUUGAUAGCUGCGAUAUUCAGACAUUGGCAGAGCUUUGUUGCACAAAUAGCAUUUGGACUGUUGAUCUAGCAUAUCUGUUACAAAAGUUCUCUAUUAGUUUUUCCUACUACACAGUAACAUUUGGAGCAAACCCAAACUAUUCUGGCGAGACAUUUUACAAGGAGCAAUUACCUAAUGAUUUGGUGCGAGUUGAUACACUAUUUCAAAAAGCACUGGAAGCUGGAAUUAGGAUAAAGUGCAGGUCAGUCAGUCGAGAAGAAAUUUGUUUCUUGAUUCUCUGUGGGAAAUACAUUGCCAUAGUACUGGUUGAUCAGUAUAAGUUGAGCCCAUCUAGUCAGGACAAUGUUUUUAUUUCAGACCGUUGUGGGAGCAACUCUGAUUACACAGGUCAUUAUGUGAUAAUUUGUGGGUAUGACACUGCUACGGAUGAGUUUGAGAUUAGAGAUCCGGCCUGUUCAAGGAAACGUGAAAAAGUAUCGUCAACAUGCUUAGAAGCAGCCCGUAAAUCCUUUGGUACUGAUGAAGAUCUUCUCUUGAUCUCUUUGAGGAAGAGUAGGAAGCCAGAUAGCCCCUCAAUACAACUUUCUCGGAAUGAUAAUAUUAAUUCCUGACAUGUAUUAUUGGUCGAGAAGAAAAGCAUAUAUCACAGGUUCUUCGUGUACAGCAUGUCUUACAAAGCAGAGAAUUAUUUGUCUGUUGAUAAAUAUCCCAUUAUGGACCAGCCGAUUUGUGACGCUUGCACAGCAAUUAUACAUACCAAUUAAUUGUAUGCCAUGUAACUUGUAUCAACUUUAUACCAUCUCCAGCGACAGAUUCUUAAAGCUCCAUAAAUUAAGAUCACAUGAUCUUUCCUGGUUUGCUGUCA